GAACAACUUCUCCCCUCUGAAGCCUCUUGACUGAUCCUAGCGUCCCACCAUGUCUUUCAUCCAAGCCUUCCUGCAGCAAACGGUUUAUCUGGGCAUGCCUGAUGACUCAGUUCUCAGGAAUGAGGGAACUGUGACUGCAGCUCCCAACUUCAGUCCAAGUGGAGAUGCAGCAGUCUUGGACAAGGCCAUCAAGGCAAAAGGUGUGGAUGAAAACACUAUUAUUGAAAUUCUGGUCAAAAGAAGCAACGAACAGAGACAGCAAAUCAAGGAGGCCUACCAGCAGGCUAGUGGCAAGCCUCUAGAAUCUGCUCUGAAAAGUGCCUUGAAAGGAGAUCUGGAGGAAGUGGUGCUGGCUCUGCUGAAAACACCAGCUCAGUAUGAUGCCCAGCAGCUGAAACUGGCCAUGAAGGGUCUUGGAACUGAUGAGGACACCCUGAUUGAGAUUCUUGCUUCCAGAAACAACAGACAGAUCAUGGAUUUGAAGAAGGCCUACAAGGAAGACUACAAGAAGGACCUGGAGGAAGACAUCAGAUCUGACACCAGUGGAGACUUCAGAGCGGCUCUUCUUGCUCUCUGCAAGGCUGGCAGGACUGAAGGGAUCAGUGAGCAACUCAUUGACAGUGAUGCCAGGGCUCUGUACGAGGCUGGAGAGGGGAGGAAGGGCAAGGACUGCUCCGUCUUCAUCGAAAUCUUGACCACAAGAAGUGGCCCCCACCUUCGCAAAGUAUUUGAAAGGUAUUCGAAGUACAGCAAAGUGGACAUGGCUAAAGCCAUUGACCUGGAGAUGAAGGGAGACAUUGAAAGCUGUCUCACAGCUAUAGUGAAAUGUUCUGGAAGCAGAGCUGCAUUCUUUGCAGAGAAGCUCAACCUGGCCAUGAAGGGCAAAGGUACCCGCAAAAACAUCCUGACUCGGAUCAUGGUGGCCAGAUCUGAGAUUGAUAUGAAACUCAUCAAGGAAGAAUACAAGAAAAACUAUGGGAAAACACUGUACAAAGACAUUCUGGAUGACACUAAAGGAGACUACGAGAAGAUCCUCCUGGCUCUCUGUGGAGGAGAUAACUAAAUUUGCGUCAAUGGGAUCAAAGAACAAUCUCCUGUGAUGUCCCUUGACCUGCAUUGUGCCCAAUGUAAUACCAAGCAGAUAGCUUUUUGGUGACUGUCUAGACAUUUAGCAAUCAGUAAAAAGAUUACCACUGAGUUAGGAUUGCCAAACCGCAUAUUUUCUAUGCAAGUUAGUCAGUGUUAAACCAAAGGAUCAGUAUAGACAUGAAAUCACUAGAUUCUCUGUCCCAUGCUACACACAAACAGUUUCAUGUGUGUUUUUAUGGAGGUGCAUUCAGAUCACGUGCUAAUUUGUUUUUGAAACAGUGUUAUUACCCUUGAAGGAGCUUUGACAUUUGCAAAUAAAAGCUUUUUCAAAUGAUGA